CAGGGCCACAGCAGAACGUGCAGCAGAUCCGCUAUCAACUCCAGCCGCUUCGCUGAGAUAGAAUGGAAAUUCCUAUCCAACAUCCCUGGUACCGCCGGCCCUGGUUCCCAGGCAACUUCCCUUAUCGAAUUUAUGACCAGUAUUUCGGAGAGCACCUACCCGACAGUGAACUUUUUUCACCUUACUACAUGUUUUACUAUCGACCUUAUUUCUGGCGUUUUCCAAACUGGUGGGACAGUGGCAUGUCAGAGAUGAGAAUGGAUAGAGAUCGGUUUGUAAUCAACCUGGAUGUGAAGCACUUCUCUCCAGACGACUUGGUGGUCAAGAUCAAUGAUGAUUUUAUCGAGAUUCAUGGGAAACAUGAUGAACGGCAGGACGAGCAUGGCACUGUGGCAGGGGAGUUUUACAGGAAGUACAAGAUCCCCGCCGGUGUAGAUCCAGGUGCCAUCACUGCAUCUCUGUCCUCUGAUGGUGUGCUGACCAUCUGCACACCACGCCACCUGCUGGACACCACUGAGCGCAGCAUCUCCAUCACCUGUGGAGAGAAGCCACCAGUGCAGAAGUAAACCUGUCGACAGCUGCACCUCUGCCUUUGCUCUCCAAACAAAACCCACCAUUGAAUAAUCUACUGUAUUAAGUCCAUGUGCUUUAAUGUAACACAGUAGAGUCAAACAAAGUUAUAUAACCAGAAAUAAACCAGUCCAUUGUGAACAAUACAGUAUCUUGCAAAACGCACAGUAAGUCAGUGUUUUAGGUCAGUGAACGCAGGUUGUCAUUGGAGUUGGGUUUGGUUUGUUAUAUUUCUGGCCUUCAGUUGGACCUUGUAUGUAAUUAUGUGGUUGACUUGGAUUAUGUUUGUGACUUUGGCUUUGAGAGAAAGCAGUAUUGAAGUGGGAUGUUAUGCAGCACUGGCCUCUGUUUUUGACUUAAAUAAAUCCCCAGAUCAAAAUACUGAUAAAUAUGUUGUUCAUCUGAAUGUAAAGUAUGCUGCACUUGUUUAUUUGAUACUGGGGUGUCUAAAACACACAGACUUAGUUAAAUGUGUGUUUUGCUGAUGUUGUUGCACUUAAUGGACAGUAAUAAAGAUGACCUUGUUAACAUA